AUGCCCAAACUUAUUGGCUGGCGAUUGAAACCUGCCAGUUGUUGGCUCGCUAUUAGCUUUGUCGGAGCAAUUAUAGCUUGCUCUUAUUUGCUAUCAGCUUACUGGAGUCAUCAUCUGUUAUCCCUACACGGCCAGCAAAUUGGAGCCAUUAAAGAUUCGACAGAAACGUUGCAAUGCUCCAAGUAUCUUGAUCGCAAAAUCAUUAUUUUGCAAUGGACGACCUAUUUUUGGAAGAACGAAUCUGAAUAUGGAUUCGGAGGGGCGCCUUUCGACCGGUGCGAUCACAACCGUUCAGUUGUUUGUUUGAUGACGAUGGAUCGGAGCCUAGUGAACGAAAGCGACGCCAUUAUCUUCCACAUUCGGGAUCUCAAUCCCAACGACUUACCGCCAGCCGGAUGGAGGCGUCCUCAUCAACACUACAUCUUCUUCUUUUACGAAUCACCAAUGCACACAGAUAUGGCCAAGUUGCGCUUGCCUGUAUUCCAGCAUUUCUUUAAUAGGACGAUGACGUAUCGGCGGGAUUCUGACAUUCUCGAUUUGCAUCCCUACGGUCGCGUGAAAUGCAUCAACACGUCGUCCCGACCGUGUUUGAACUACCCGCGUCUGGAUGAUAGUCCGGUUGUUGAGGACAUCUUUGAAUCUGCUAAAAAUCCAUUUCGAAUUGAUCUGUCGUCGAAGAACAGGACGGUCGCCUGGUUCGCUACGAAUUGUAACACAGACAGUCGGCGUGAAUCACUGGUCCACAAUUUAUCGCUUUUCAUUGCGGUUGACAUUUACGGCUCAUGUGGAAACGGUAGCCAUCGAUGUGCGAAUCGAGCCGAUUGUGAUCUCAUGCUUAAUCGUUAUUACCGUUUCUACUUGAGUUUUGAGAACUCUCUGUGCACCGAUUAUGUGACGGAGAAGCUGUACCGACCGAUGGAUCACGAUACGGUGCCGGUGGUUUACGGUGAAGCUGAUUAUUCUUCAUAUCUUCCAGCCGGAUCGUAUGUAGACGCCAGAGGUUUCGAUAGUCCGCAAAGUCUGGCAAAUCAUCUCAAUAGAUUGAUGAACGACGACGAGCUCUAUUUGAGCUAUUUUGCUUGGAGAAGGAAAUACGUUGUCGACCGCACCCCUGGCAAUGGCAUAUGUCAACUUUGUCGGUUGUUAAGUGAUGAAAAUACGAAAGAAAAAUCUUAUCCAGACAUUGCCACAUGGUGGUAUAGCGUUAAUCAAACCUGCCGUUCACCACCCGCAUCUCUUGUCUGACUGAAAUGCGACAUAUGGAUUAGAUUUUUUUCUGUAUAAAUAUACCGGAAGCAAAACCGAUGUUGCUCGUCUUUGA